AGCUAAUGAUAUGGAGAUUUGUGUGUUUUGUUUCAUCCAUUAUUGGACUACUCUUUUACGCUCUAAGCUCUUCCUUCAAUCAUAUAUGUGGAAAGUGGAGUUUGUUGAAGAUAAUUCUUUACACUGUUUUCAGUUUCAUUAUCUGCAUCGCGGAUUUGAUUGCAAACAUAUGGCAAACGUCGCCAAGUCUUAGGUUCAGAGCUCAUUUGGCAUUUUUAGUUUUCACAAUCACAACUAUUUACUCCUAUAUCUUUGAUAAAAAAGAUAACGCAAAACCGGAUGCAUAUAGCCUGAUAUCGCUUGCUGCUUUUGCUGUCAUGUCGCUUUGUAUGUCAAAGCAAACUCACCUGGGAUUUGAGGUUGAUCUCCUAUAUUUUUUUUGUGCAUAUUUCACUUUACUACUAAUGAAAAUUAAAUUGUUUUUAGUUGUUGUUGGUGCGAGUUUCAGUUAUUUUCUCAUCAUGUUUCGUUUUUACCCGGGUGAAAGCGGACUCCCAAUCCAAGAUCAACCUUCCAUAGGCAAUCAAAACGGCGCAGAAAGUGAUCCAAUUCUGCAUUUCAUCCCAAAUAAUACCGCGGCAUCAAGUGUUGAAGAAGAUCCAAUUAGACAUUUCUACCAAACCAAUCCUAGUAACGAGAACAAGAAGAAGACGAUGGUUAGAAAAAUCAUUGAUUGGAUUAUUGGAAGGGUCUGAAUGUGCAAACAUAGUUGAUGUUGGAGAUGAAGAUGCAAACCAUUGAUUGCUAGCUCUUUAUUUCGCGUGGAAUGAUAACUGUGUUAUGUUAUGUCUGUUGGUGCGUCGUAUCUCAGGGUGGGUGUAGUUCCAUUUGUUUGUAAUUCCAAUAUUGUGUGUUUAGAAUUUCUUGUAUCUUUAUCCAUUUUUUCUUAAUAAAA